AAAAUGCAGACGGUCCCUGCAAUGGUGACCGAUGACCUGGAAAUUGAACUAAGUAGGCAACGUUGGUAUUAAAAUGGGUGCUUUUAAAGUUACGCGUUCGUGUGGAGGGGUAAACGGCUUUUAGGCACGUGCGUGCCACGCGUGACAGCGGUCCACGCCGCGGCUCGAGCGGUCAGACAUUAUUACGCCAACCGCAGUUCCGCGCCGCUAUUUUCGGGUGGGCCGAGUCUGCGGUGACCGUGACCGGCUUCCGCGAGCCUUCCCUCCGCCGCGAACUCCCCGCACAGCCCGCUCUUGAGCCACACGCGAUGGCGUGCGUCAGCUGAAGGACGGCAGCGGCAGGGGAGGCGGCCACGUCGGUUACUAUGGCGGCGUCGCUGCUCUCCGAGAGCGACAUCAGGCACCGGUCCAUGGCCGAGGAGGAUCCGAACGGGAACGAGCACGGGGCGGCCGCACGCAGCGCGGCCCCCCGCUGGGGACCGCAACACGCCGGAGCCCGGCAGCUGGCUCGGCUCUACUCUCCUGGUAAGCGUGUCCAGGAGUGGGUGUGUGUGAUCGUUUGCCUCGCCCUCUUCGUCGUCAACUUCACUUUGCUCCUCCUGAACUUCUCCGCCCUCGACGUAUAUAAGAUUGUUCUUGGCAUCGUGCUUGGAAUAUUGACAGCAGACUUUGCAUCGGGAAUGGUACACUGGGGGGCGGAUACGUGGGGAUCUGUCGACAUCCCCCUUAUUGGCAAGGCGUUUAUUCGGCCGUUCAGGGAGCACCACCUUGACCCGACCGCAAUCACCCGCCAUGACUUUAUUGAAACUAAUGGAGACAACUGUAUGAUCCCCAUCAUACCACUGGCGCACAUGGCCUACAAGUUCUUCACUUACACACCAGAGGCCUUGGCAGCGUCUUAUCCCUGGGACUGCUACGUCUUCGCCCUGGCCGUUUUCGUCACAUUGACCAACCAGAUUCACAAGUGGAGCCACUCCUACUUCGGGCUCCCGCGUUGGGUCAUGCUGCUGCAGGACUGGCAUGUGGUGUUGCCACGGAAACACCACCGCAUCCACCAUGUCUCGCCACAUGAGACAUACUAUUGUAUCACUACAGGCUGGUGUAACUAUCCAUUGGACCAGCUGGGCUUCUGGAGGCGGAUGGAACGUCUGAUCGAGCGACUGACUGGUCAAAAGCCGCGAUCUGAUGACCUGGCCUGGGCCAAGAAGACUGACUGACGGAUGGAUGGAUGGACGGAUGGAAAGGAAAAUGGAGAAACAGUACACAAGGAGACACACAAACACAUACUCUGUACAUUGUACUUAUUUCAGUGCUUAUGUUGUAUUUGUUAGAACCCUUGCACAAAAAAAAGUUCUAUAAUCUUCUUACAAAAUUAUAUCGUCUACCGAGCUUUGUGCAAAAAUAAUAAUUGCAGUAAUAAGUGUUCCAAAUGCCAACAUGCUUUAAACCGGUAGCAGCCAAUCAGCUUGUGUAUUUCUGUGGUCCUGGUGGAGGACAUUUCUGGAGGUUGGGCUCUCCAGGGCUGAUAAUAUGCUGCUACACUACACACACUUAACACACGGUAACACGCGUACUACUGAAUGAAAGAAUAAUGUCUCUUACUUCAUUUAAAUGCACGAGAUAAUACACUCUUAAGAUAAUAAUAUAAUAUUUAUCUUUAAACCACCUAUCUUACAGUAAAACAAAAUACUUGGAAUAGGAAGACGGUUAUCAAAAGGCCUGAAUAAAUAACCUUCAUUACUAAUUUUAGUUUCCGCAUUUUUUUCAGCCUUCAUCUAUUUUACUACACGGGAAAACCAGAUAUUUAUUAAAGCAAGGUGUUUAAACGGAUUUCUAUUUACUCACAAACAAAUGUACUUUUUAACAUCUGGUCAAAAAUGGAAAGCAGUGAAUGCAAUUUUGGGACGUUAUUAUUUUUUGUUUCACACUCAGAACAUCAAUUAGGCACUAUGUCUAAUACACUGAAAGCCAAUGUGCCAGUAAAUAUGGUACUGUAUUUCAAAUAUUGCAAACAUUCGGGGAAAUGGAGAAAUGUGUACACACCUUGAAUAGUAAUAAUAAAGGCAGAUAUAGUUCUUUUUUUUUACAGGCAUUUAAUUUGGUCCAUAUUUAAGCAUGAAUUAAUUGCUUUCAAUUUAUUUGGUAAUAUUGGUAAAUAAUUUCAGAUAUCAGAUUAAAAGUAAAUGGUGUGUGUUUACUGAAGAAAUCCUGGCACACGCACCACCGCCCACCUCUCCCCCAGCCAUAAACUGAUGUUGUCAUUUAUUUAUAAUUAGCUAAGUUAAUUUCCAUUUCACUUCCUCUUAUCUCUGACUCAACCAAGUACUGCAUUCGUUGGCUCCAAUAAGGGACACAAAUUCACCCUGUAAAAUGUUGCAUCAUCAUGUAGAAAAAUAUUUACACUGAGGUGCAUCUAAAAGAAAGAAUAUUAUUGAAGCUCAUUUUUUUUUUAAAGUUGUGCGAGUCAGAAAUGGAAACUUCAUUCAUUUAACUCGUUGGAAAGUAUUUUUUGAGAGGAUAAAACCUCCCAAUUUUUUGUAUUCAAAAACAUUGACUAUAUUGAAACAAUGUAAUUUCUUGAGAUAUGAAUUUGGGAUUUGUUUGAAUAUUAGCCAGAAAAUAAUAACGAUAAUUUCUGUGUGCUUUAAAUCCCUGCAAUGCAUCAAUUUCAAAUUUCUUGAAUUCAACAAAAUGAGUUUUGCAAAGUUUGCAAAUUGGUUGACCUGCACAUGCAUAUGUCCUCACAGCUUGACACUUUUAGUACUUUGGUGUUGCGAGUUUUUCUGCAAUCUCGUUUGUCACCAAUAACAUUUUCGUGUUCCUCUAAGCACAUUAACGCCCAGGAGCACCCCUACUCAAAACACGCACAUAAUGUAUAUACACAAUUUCUGUCACACGUGCACAAAUGUUUUGUAUUGUCUGGUGGUUUGCUGUAUAAAAUUAUAAUUUUCUAUUUUCUUAUUAAUGAAUCAAGCCAUGUACAGUUAAACUCUCCACUUUACACUUUUGCAGUUGAAUGCUCGCUGCUUGUCUGCCUUAAUGUUUUUAUCUGCGCUUUCAUUUGAAUAAAGAACUAAGCUAUUACAGA